AUGGACAAUUCGCCCGGCAAAGCUAAUUUAUUGGGUAAGCGAGAGCUCAAAGAUGAUGUUCUGGAGACCAAUCCGAUUCUGAAAAAACAUAAGGAAAUAUCCGAGGAGGAGGAGAAGGAGACAACGAAAGUAUUUUCUGAUGAUAGUCUCCAGCAUCAGAUCAAAGGAAGGGUCGAGUUGUUGUUGGAGACAAAUUCUGACCAGGCUAAUAAUUUAAUUCCAGUGAAGGAGGAGGAGGAGGAGACUGUGGAAAGACUUGAUGAAACUCCCGAUUUCUUAAAGUCAAUUGCAUCAUUAGUAGUAAGAAAAAAGACGCUCUUUGUUGACCAUCUCGCUGUCGGUCUUGAUAUGUCAGAUAUCAUAAAUUUCUUCAAAGAUUUUGGACAAGUUGUUAGUGUUCAACUUACUUUAAACCACGAGGGUAAGCGUACUUCCAGUGGCUUUGUUGAGUUUGCUUCUGCUAACGAAGCAAAGAAGGCGCAGGAAAUGAAGAAUGGUAAACUUUGGUGCGGUAAUAAUAUUACUCUUCUUCUCGUGGCUGAGAUUGCUCCCUACCCUCCACGACCCAAGAACAUAGACCACCUUCGACAAGAAAGCCUUCCCAUAGAAGAAGACGAAGAGGAAACACCUCCCUACUUUGUUGAGACAGUUGCAAAAAUAAGAAAGACGCUCUUUGUUGCCAAUCUCUCUCCCCAAACUAAAUUAUCACAUAUCAUCAAUUUUUUCCAAGAUGUUGGAGAAGUUGUUAGUCUUCGACUUAUUGUAAACCCCGAGGGUAAGCAUGUGGGCUAUGGUUUUGUUGAGUUUGCUUCUCCUUGCGUAGCAAAGAAGGCGCUGGAAGAGAAGAAUGGUGAAUAUUUGCACGAUCACAGGAUUUUUCUUGAUGUGGCUAAGACAGCUCCAUACUCUCCGCGAUCCAAGUGCAACCUUGUAGAGAAGCUUUGGUACGAAGACUACCUUUUAAGAGAAAGCCGUCUGGUAGUAGAAGAUGAGACAAUGGAAGGACUUGAUGAAACUCACAUUUUUGUUCAGGCAGUUGUUGUAAGAAAGAAGACGCUCUGUGUUUCCCAUUUCCCUAACCAAGCUAAAAUAUCAGAUAUCAUCAAUUUCUUCAAAGAUGUCGCAACAAUUGUUCAUGUCCGACUUGCUGUAAACCACAAGGGCAAGCAAUUAUUUCACAAUGCCUUUGUUGAGUUUUCUUCUGCUAAUGAUGCAAACAAGGCGCUGGAAAAGGAUAGUGAAUAUUUGCUCAAUCGCAAGAUUCAUCUAGAUGUGGCUAAGGCAGCUCCAUACUCUCUACGACCCAAGUAUUGCAUAGAUCACAAAGUUUGGUAUGAAGACUACAUUCGACAAGAAAGCCUUCUGAUAGAAGAAGAUGAGACAAUGGAAGGACUUGAUGAAACUCCCAAUUUUGUUGAGGAAGUUGCCGUAAGAAAAAAGACGCUCUAUAUUGCCAAUCUCCCAUUGAAAAUUAAAAUACAACAUAUCAUCGAUUUCUUCAAAGAUGUUGGAGAAGUUUUUAGUGUUCGGCUUAUUGUAAACCACAUGGGUAAGCAUGUGGGUUGUGGCUUUGUUGAGUUUGCUUCUGCUAACGAAGCAAAGAAGGCACUGCAAAAGAAGAACCAAGGAAGAUUGCAGAGUCAUUUUGUUUUUCUUGACGUGGCUGAGAUAGCUCCAUACCCUCUCCGACCCAAGUACGACCUGGCAGAGAAGCUUUGGUAUGAAGAUUAUCAACGACGAGAAAGCCUUCUGAUAGAAGAAGAUGAUUUGGAGACCAAACCCACUAGGAAAAUGAAGCUCUUUGGUGUAUACAAGCAGGCAAUCUUGGACUCAUCUUGCGGUAAGAAGAUUACCUUCUCUGACGACACUCUGAUAGAAGAAGAUGAAGCUCUUUGCUGUUUUUAA